UAUUUAAACGUCAAUUUGACAGCAAGAUCAAGAGUGUUUUCGGUUUUUUGGUGUUUCCUUUUCCAUUUAGUUUUUCUACUAAAAUUUCGGAAGUGAUCUUUAAAAAUAGAUUAGGAAAAGUAAUUACAGAUAUAAAAAUGGAUGAUAAAUACGAAACUGUCGUGCUAAAGUAUACAAUACAUAAAUAUUCCAGUUAUUCUGCCAAUUAUCUACCAGAAAAUAUAAUGGUCAAUGAUCCCCCCGACCAACUGUCUAGGUGGUUCACAGACAGCACUACUCCGUCACAGUUCAUAAUGCUGAAACUAGAAACCCCUGCUAUAGUUGAGAGCAUCAUGUUCGGAAAGUACAUCAAAGCACAUGUUAGUGAUCUGAAGAAAUUCCAAAUUUUUGGGGGCACAGACAAAAACAAUUUAUCAUUGCUGCUGACUGCUGGUCUUAAAAUGGAUUACACGGCAGAAACAUUUAAGCUAAGACACAGAACUUCUGAUGGUCUGUAUUUGCCAGUGAAAUACAUUAAAAUAGUGCCGCUCCAAUCAUGGGGUCCAGCUUAUAAUUAUACCAUAUGGUAUGUAGAGUUGCAAGGGAAAAAUCAUGAAGAUCUGAUAAAUUCAGCCAUGGAUACCAUUAAUCUGCGCAAAGAAGAAGAAGCAGUGCGAAUACUACUGAAGCACUUACGGCGACGGCGCUACAAGGACGCUUUCGAGGCGCUAUCCCGCGAGAGCGGCGUGCAGCUGGAGGGCGCGGCGCAGGCGCGGCUGUGGCAAGCCCUGGUGGAGAAUGGAGACUACACGCUUGCUGAGCAGAUAUUUGACGAAGCCGCUGAAGCGGGUGAACUGGACUGGUACAUGUCGUGGCAGCCGUACACGCCCGAGUGGCGGCAGCUGUGCUGCUGCUCGCCCGAGGUGGAGGACAAGCUGCGCUGCGAGGCCGCGCCCGUGUCGCCGAGCCGCCGCUCGCACCCCGAGCUGUCGUGCGCCGACGGGGAGCCGAGGCCGGAUGUGUCGUUGGUGAACGGCGCGGAGGCGGAGGGGGAGGAGUACGACGCGUGCGGCGGCUGCGAGACGCGCCCCGGCCCCCGCGGCGGACACCAGCUCGUCGUGGACCCCUCCACGGGCACACUUUACCUUUUCGGCGGAUGGAACGGCUCGGAAGAUUUGGACGACCUGUGGAGCUACGACACGGGCACAGAGCGCUGGACAUUGCUGUGUCGACACAGCGAGGCUGUGAACGGGCCCUCGCCGCGCUCCUGUCACAAGAUGGUGUUCGACCCCGUGCACGAGAAACUGUACACGCUGGGCCGAUACUUGGACAACGCGCGCCGCGUGCCCAGCAAUAUGUAUAGCGACCUGUACGUGUACGACGCGCGCGCGGGCGAGUGGGCGCUGCUGUGCGGCGACACGGCGGCGGCGGGCGGCCCGCGCCUCGUGUUCGACCACCAGAUGUGCAUCGACCACUCCACGCAGACCAUCUACGUGUUCGGCGGACGGGUGCUGCCCGCUAACACGGAGGAGCUGGCGAGCCCGCAGUACUCGGGGCUGUACGCGUACUACAUCGCGCGCAACACGUGGCAGCUGCUGCUGGCCGACUCGCACGAGCUGCCCGCGCCGCAGGCCCGCGUCUCGCACUCCAUGCUGUUCCACCCGGUGCGCAGCUUGUGUUGCCGACUCCACCACACUACAUACAGUACUCGGGGCUGUACGCGUACUACAUCGCGCGCAACACGUGGCAGCUGCUGCUGGCCGACUCGCACGAGCUGCCCGCGCCGCAGGCCCGCGUCUCGCACUCCAUGCUGUUCCACCCGGUGCGCAGCUUGUGUUGCCGACUCCACCACACUACAUACAGUACUCGGGGCUGUACGCGUACUACAUCGCGCGCAACACGUGGCAGCUGCUGCUGGCCGACUCGCACGAGCUGCCCGCGCCGCAGGCCCGCGUCUCGCACUCCAUGCUGUUCCACCCGGUGCGCAGCUUGUGUUGCCGACUCCACCACACUACAUACAGUACUCGGGGCUGUACGCGUACUACAUCGCGCGCAACACGUGGCAGCUGCUGCUGGCCGACUCGCACGAGCUGCCCGCGCCGCAGGCCCGCGUCUCGCACUCCAUGCUGUUCCACCCGUUCCAGCGGCGCCUGUACAUGUUCGCGGGUCAGCGCAACAAGGAGCAGCUGGUGGACCUGUGGUGGUGGGACUGCGAGAGCGGUACGGCGCGCGCUCUGUGCGCCGCGCCCGCGCGCGCGCCGCCGCCGCAGGGCUUCACGCACCGCGCCACACUCGACCCCGAUACUGACGAGAUACACGUGCUGUCGGGCAUGAGCAAAGAGAAGGACAAGCGCGUGUACAACACGCUGUGGGUGCUCUCGCUGCGGCGCAUGACGUGGACGUGCGUGUACCGCAACGACAGCGUGUCGCCCAGCGAGCCGCGCCCGCGGUUCGCGCACCAGCUCGUCUACGAUCCCGUCAGAAAGAUCCACUACCUGUUCGGCGGCAACCCGGGCGUGGCGGGCAACCCGCGGCUGCGGCUCGACGACUUCUGGUCGCUGCGGCUGCGGCGCGCGAGCGUGCGGCGCGCGGCCGACGCGGCGCGGGCGGCGCUGCGCGAGGCGCGCUACCGCGAGCUGUGCGGCACGCCGCAGCGGGCGCCGCGCGCGCUGCACUACCUGCGCCACGACCUGCGCGCCGUCACCGACCUCGCCGACCCGCAGCAGGUGGAGCACUUCCACAAGCUGGCGACGGUGCUGUUCGCGGGCAGCGAGCGCGCGGAGGGCGGCGCGCGCGCGCUGUCCGGGCGCCGCGUGCGCGCGCUGGCCCGCCGCCGCGCCGCGCUGCGCCUGCGCGCGCACGACGGCGACAUGGCGCUGGCGCUCGCCGCGGUGUUGGGCGCGGACGACUCGACGCUGGAGCCCACGGAGCCGUUCGAGGAGUCGUCGUCGCCCACGCCCGACACGUGGGACGUGGGCACGGACGAGGACGACGCGCCCGACUCGGACGAGUGGGACGAGAGGAGCGCGCGCAUGCGGCUCUACGACCAGUUGUGCCAGUACUUCCGGCCCUCGGCCGUGCCGCCCGCCGCUGACGUCACCGACCUAGUGCACCUCUAGACAAGUAUGGCGGAUGGAUAUAAUUAAAGGUGGACGCGCACUUAUCCGAGCCGAAUGAGAGUAUAUAAGAUUUCAUCUCAGACUACCUACUCGCUAGACGUUACUUUUCUGUCAAAGUAUAUGAUCAACGAUCUAAUGCGACUAUAAAAACUGUCUCUAUAGUUAUCGAUGUUUCGUAGUUGUAAUCGUGUCCGUCGGUUAAAGAUCUCCGUAAAAAUAUCUCUUUGUGUAGUUGAAUGGUUUCUAGUCUAAGCACGUUUUCCUGGAAAAAAAAUGGCAGACAAAUUUGUUCGUGAAUUUGAGUGUGAUACGGGUCCUUAUGUAAUUAGUCUGAGGGUUUCAUGAAACCUCGUACCGCGUCGAUUCGUUCACAUACAGGGUGUUUAUGUUCGACUCGUUCAGUUCGGAUAAGAAUGCGUUCACUUUAAAUGUCGAUGUCCUUGCCGAAGUCUCGUAUAAGUGAAAAUACGUAAGCUACAUAUGCGUAUAAGACGUAUGCGUAUAAAAAAUACGUACGCAAAAAAAAAGCAUUUUUUGAUUUGUCACAUUGGGUUUUUUGUUACAAAUCGAUCACGGAGUAUAAAAUGGACCACCGAUUAGCGUGCAGUAAAAUAUUCGUCAAAAGAUAUUCGAAUUUAACGUCUUUUGACGUCAUUUCACAUUACAACCCUCUACCCUGAUGUCUAUGCUAUGUAAAAACGGCCACGCGUCAUAGCAAUGAAUAUCGAAUCGCCAUGUUACGUUUCUUUAUCCAUGCUUAAGUUAUUUUUUUGUGACAAAAUGCGACGAAUGAAGGGGUCUAUUCCUUUUUUGUAUAUGUUACAUGUAAAAUGCUGUGUGUCAGAUAUUUCUUUUUAUUAUAUUCCAUAAACGUCGCAUCAAGUUUUUUUUUUUCUGUCUUUUGUCUCAUUUGUACUAGUUUCAAAGUAGCGCUGUCUUCCAUUAAUUUCAUCUCCAUCUCCACCAUGUUUUCAAAUAGCUUUCUUUAAACGUGCUUAAGAAGCAAGAUACGUUGUUCCAUAUUAACUUUAAACUGACGCGAGGUCUAUCCUGCUAUAUUAGUAUUUUAUAUUUCUAAUGGUUGAUGAGUUUUAGUAUGAAAUUAAUGUUUUAAACAGUAAAUUAAAAUGUGCUAGUUACUGGAGAACAUUAACCUUAGACUGUGAAGCACAAAAUUAUUCUUAUGAAAAUAAUGAUAUUGCAUUUGUAUUAGUUGUAAAGAAUAGUUCACACACACAUACUCCGAAAUAUCUCCUCCUUUUUAUAAAAUCACUGCAAACAAAUAACAAAUUACGUAAGUUAACUAUAAUAUUAAAACAUCACUUUUACUUAAAUUAAUAUAGGUAUCUUAGGUUUAUGUUAUAUAGAUAUCGUUUAUAAAAAAAAUGAGAAUCGCUGCCAUAAAAACUCUACUUUGUCUUUGAAUUAGGCGUGUUUUCAUGGUCGAUUGUCUGUAACAGUAUUACAGGGAUUUAUUAUCUUCGAGCCUCGUUACUCUAGUCGAUGGUCGGACCAUAAACAAUUUUGACGUCUUUUUUAAUUGGCAAUAAGGCGGUUGGAACAGUUUAAGAUAUUUAAUCUUAAACGCAUCAAUUGAAAUCUUACGACGAGUCACAACUCAUCAAAGUACCUAUACUCUAAUUGUUACUUUUCUUGGACAAACUCACAUUUGCAUUUAAGUAUUGUGUAGUACAUAUUUAUAAAUAUUUUGCCUUUUCUGCUUUUAUUCUUAAAAAAUAUAUAGUAUAAUAUAACUUGUGCAUUGAUUUUUGUAUUUUAAAUAUUAGUAGUUGUAAUUGUACAGUCUUAUUAUAAUUAUUAACAGAUAAUUCAUGUACAGAGCGUUAUUAUAAGUUAUUAGAAGUCAAGGUUUAAAUACGUACGUAAGUAUACGUAUGUUGUGUAAAAUUAGUUUUAUCUACUACCAUAAAACUUCAGUAAAAAGAAUUAGAAAUAUAUAUAUUAUGACAUACUUAUUAUAUUAUUCACGUGCAUAUUAUAAUGAGGUUAAAUAAUUAUAACGCAGCUUACAUAACAGAUACUGUUUUAAAAUAGUAGAUAAUGGUUGCAUAUUGAGGGUCAUUAAAGCACAAGUACAGUUUAUAAAACGAACGAAGUGAGUUUUAUAAUGAGACGAGUGCCGUAAUAUGCCAAGUCAUGUACGUUUCAUACUCUACUUUAUCUAAUAUGCAAUAAAUAUUAUGACAACAAUAAAAAUAAAUUUGUUCAACGGAAAAUAUGUAUUAUUUAGGAAUAAUUGAUUUAACACACACAGAAUGGAGAAUGAUCUUUAUUGAGUCUUUACAAAGCCGCGUGCUGAAGCCGGUGAAACCCAUAAACAAUGCAAACGUCCCGCGUGCGUCUUCUUGAUCUGCAUUAUGUUGCUAUCUACAAACUAUUUUCAUAAUUUUCCCUAAAAAUUUAUAAAAAAUAUUUAAGAAAUAAAAUUUAAAUUUUUUCGUAUCAUCUCUAAUAUUAUUAUGCAUGUACUAUAGGAAUUUAUUUAUGUCGGACUACUACAUGAUGAUGAAUAAUAUAUGUUGAUUAUAAAAUUGUGAAACAAUGUCUGGACAUAAACAACAGACUUCUACGUGUGAAUUGUUAGUACGCGUUUAGGUAAUGACGUUUUAUAGUUAAUUCCGUUUUUGUACUACUUACGUUCGGAACCCUAAAUAUAAACAUUUAUAUUGUAUAUAUAGACUAAACUAGCUGUUGCCCCUAAUCUUAGGGAGAAUAUUUUAAAUUUAAACUAGCAACACCGGACGAUUCUCUGGAGGUUUUGUUUUGUAUUUCAAGAUUUAACAUUUAACUAUCAAAUAUAUGUAUUCAUUAGGACACCUAAUCGAAAUAAUUCUGAUAUUUUGUAAAUCCUUAGUUAAAGUUGCCUUUAUUUUUCAUUUGUUGUGAAUGUUUAAUGUUGAUAUAUUGUAUUACACCGAAGUGCGUCAUAUGUUCAUUAUUCAGUUGACGUUUAUUUUGUAAAUAAUAUUAUAUUUAUUUUGUUUGUUUACGAAAACUGUGAUUCGAAAAUUAUAGUCUUUAGAUAUAACGACGAUUGUGUAAUCGAUCCUCAUGCAUUUAAAUUAAAAUAUUAAUUUUC